AUGCAAACUUUGGUGUUAUUCUUAACCAUCAUCCUGCUGGGCUUAGCUUUAGGAAGUGAUUUUCACGACCUUGGUGUUCAUGACUUCUUUGAUAAGCACGGUAAAUCGCAUGGCGACCAUGGAUAUGCGGAUUCGUACAAUAAAGGAUUCAAAAAGGGAUAUGACGAAGGCGGGCAUGGUGAAUAUGGCAGCCACAAAUACGGUGGUUGGGGAAGAUAUUCAAAGGGAGAGGAGCACGGCAAACGUUAUGGUAUGAGUUAUGGCGAUGACUCUGAUAAACAACAUUAUGAUGAGGGAUACGACAAAGUCAAAUACGGCCCUAUACAUGAGCACACUGGACCUCACCACCAUCAUCAUCAUCAGAAUGACUAUGAUCCUUUCGAUCAUCACCACCAUCAUGUCUACGAACCACACCAUCACUAUGGGCACCAUGGUAUGUAG